AUGGCUGAAGGAAAGAUCCCAGGGCCCAGCGAACACAUUCACAACAGAUCAGCAAGGAGGCAGGAGGCUGCUGCAGGCUGCAGGAAGGGCGGAGACCAGCUUCAGUCGGGAAUAGACACGUGGCUGAGUGAAAGUGAAACUUAUUUUUCUCUUCCCGUAGGUGCCAUGGCCGCAAAACGGGGGAUACAAGAGCCUGUGAUCUGUUCCGUUUGCCUGGCUUAUUUUAACGACCCGGUGAUUCUCAAGUGUGGACACAACUUCUGCCGAGCCUGCAUCGCUCAGCACUGCCAGGAGUCCGAAACCUCCCGCCGGUAUCGCUGCCCUCAGUGCAGAGCCCCCUUCCGGGCAGGGGAGUUCCAGCCCAACCGGCAGCUGAGGAAUGUCGUGGAAAUAGCCAAAAAAUUCCCAGCGCCAAGGCGGGAGAGAGCGUGUGAAAAACAUGAGGCGCUUUUGCAACUUUUCUGCGAAGUGGAUCAAACCCCGAUCUGCCUGGUGUGCAGAGAGUCCCGCAGCCACAGAGACCACCCCGUGCUUCCUGUCGAGGAGGCGGCCCAGGAUUACCAGGAACAAAUUCAGAGACAUUUGGAGAGUUUGAAAAAAGAGAGAGACGAGAUUCUGUCGUAUAAAUCGAGUGGGGAAAAUACAAGCCAGGAAUUACUGAAACAGCUGGAAACUGAGAGGCAGAAGAUUGUGGCUGAAUUUCAGCAACUGCGCCAGUUUCUGGAGGAACAAGAGCGACUCCUGCUGGCCCCGUUGGAAGAGCUGAUUAAGGAAAUUGAAAAGGGGAGGGCUGAGUAUGUUGCCAAACUAUCUGAGGAACUCUCCUCUUUCAGUUCCCUGAUCAGUGAGAUGGAGCAGAAGUGCCAGCAGCCAGCGAGUGAAUUCCUGCAGGACAUCAAAGGCACCGUGAGCAGGUGCGAGAGGGAGAAGUUUCAGAACCCAGGGGCCUUUUCUUCUGAACUGAAAUGGAGAAUCGGGGAAUCUUCUCAAGCAAAUGUAUCUCUGGAGACCAUAGUGAAGAAAUUCAAAGACUCACUGUCGUCUAGACAGCGGUUGGACAAAGCGAAUGUGACUCUGGAUCCAGACACGGCCCAUCCCCAACUCAUCGUGUCUGCGGAUCGGAAACGUGUGAGAUACGGACACACACAGCAGGCUCUGCCCGACAACCCUGAGAGAUUUGACACUGCGCCCUGUGUGCUGGGCUGUGAGGGAUUCACCUCGGGCCGACACUACUGGGAGGUGAAGGUGGAGGUGGAGGAGAUGGGAGUCUGUGUUGUGGGGGUGGCCAGAGAGUCUGUGAGCAGGAAGGGAUGGAUCAGCCUUAGCCCUGAGCAGGGGGUCUGGGCUGUGGAGUGCUGGGAGGAUCGGUACCAGGCUCUCACGUCCCCUGGGCAGAUCAUCCCCUUGUCCCCGAGCCGGGCGCCCUGCAGGAUCCGGGUGUAUCUGGACUAUGAACAGGGGCAGGUGGCGUUUUUCGAUGCUGGUACCGGGGACCCGAUCGUCACUUUCCCGCCGGCCUCUUUCGCCGGGGAGAGAAUCCGCCCGUUCUUCCGGGUUAGGGCUCGUGUGCGGCUCCUCUAGCCCCCACCCCCCGAUCUCUAUGACCCUGGUGGACUCGGCUGAAGGGGGGUGACGCUCUACCCGCAGCUCUAUGGCUGUGGAGGUCUGUGUGUGGUGCUCUAGGAUCGGACUCUAUGCUCCUGGGAGGCCAACUCUGUGUGCAGUGGGGGUGGGGGGUCCCACCAAGGAAGGAGGGAGCCCCCUGUGGGAAGGACCCUGCCAAGGGCCAGAAGAGACGCCUCAACUGGGGGAGGGGCUGGCUGA